AUGAAGGUCUCUGUGGUUGCCUUCACUGUCCUCAUCGCUAUCUUCUGCUACCAGAGCUCUGCUGCACCAAUUGGCUCAGACCCACCAACCUCCUGCUGCUUCACCUACAUCUUGCGGCAGCUGCCUCGCAACUUCGUGGUGGAUUACUACGAGACCAACAGCCAAUGCUCCAAGCCAGCUGUGGUGUUUGUCACCAGGAAGGGAAAGGAAGUCUGUGCUGAUCCUGAGCAGAAAUGGGUCAAGGAGUAUGUGAAUGAGCUGGAGUUGUCCUGA